AUGUACAAUUAUCAGACGGAAAAACUCUCAAAGUCGGUUCUCUUCUUCUCCAGCCACUGGAUCUUCGGGAGUGUUUAUUGCACCAUUUCUCAAUUCAUGGCUCACGUUUCGUUGGCAUCUUCUGUCCUCACGCUGGCCGUUAUCUCCUUUGACAGAUUUUUGAACGUGAUGCGUCCCUUGAAGCCUCAGAUGUCCAAAUGCGUCUGCAGGAUGCUGCUCUGGGUCAUCUGGGUCGUGGCAGCAUCCAUAGCGGCUCCCAUACUGCCUUAUACCACCACCAUCCACACAUUGCGUUAUGUCGUUAUCCUAGCAGGGACGUAUGUCGUUCCCAUGAUCAUUUGUUAUGCUGUAAUUGAGAUUCCUCAGGUACCCCAGUGGCGAUCUCCUUCAUGUCUCCUUAAUGUAUCCACAGAGAUUUCUCAGGUAUCCCCAGUGGUGAUCUCCUUCACGUCUCCUUAA